AGACUGUAGAGCGACUUUAGCAGCGAGAGCACCGCGCUUUUCCGCGUAUAGCUUGUGAAUGACGCGCCCGAUGCUUUUGUUCGGCGACGUUUGAACGCGCGUCGCAACUCGUUUCUAACCUCCUAACGCAAGUAGUAGUUUAUAUAAAGUGUUUUUUGCCGCAAAGAAACGAAAGUGAGAAUCCGCGAGUUUGUUCUGCGAGUAUUUUGCACGUGCUUCGUCUUCGUUACUUAUUCAUACGUAAUAACUUUCUUUUAGUCAUUGCAAAAAUGGAUUUCCUGGACUAUCCCGACAUAACCGCUGAGGUUAAGGGCGCGAUGACCCCUGGAAGAUUGAAGUUGACCGAUCAGCAUUUGAUCUUCAAAAACCAAAAAACUGGAAAGGUAGAACAAAUUUCUGCGUCUGACAUGGAGAUGGUCAAUUAUCAGAAGUUCGUUGGAACCUGGGGUCUUAGGAUAUUUUUGAAGAACGGAACUUUACACAGAUUCAGAGGAUUCAAAGAAGGCGAUCAAGAAAAGAUAGCCAAGUUUUUCAGCACAAACUAUAAAAAAGAAAUGUUGGAGAAGGAAUUAAGUUUGAAGGGUUGGAAUUGGGGAACUGCUAAGUUCUAUGGUUCAGUACUGAGCUUUGAUGUUGGACAUCACACAGCCUUUGAAAUUCCACUUUACGAUGUUUCACAGUGUACAACAGGAAAAAAUGAAGUCACACUCGAAUUUCAUCAAAAUGAUGAUGCUCCUGUUAGUCUCAUGGAAAUGAGGUUCCACAUUCCAGUAAGUGACACCAGUGAUCAAGAUCCUGUGGAUCAGUUUCAUAAAGAAGUCAUGGAAAAAGCUUCUGUUAUCAGUGUUAGUGGUGAUGCAAUUGCUAUUUUCAGAGAAAUUCAGUGUCUUACACCUCGUGGUCGUUAUGACAUCAAAGUUUUCCAAUCAUUCUUUCAACUUCACGGUAAAACGUUUGAUUACAAGAUUCCCAUGUCAACAGUGCUUCGACUAUUCUUAUUGCCGCACAAAGAUAAUAGGCAAAUGUUCUUUGUGGUUAGUUUAGAUCCACCUAUUAAACAAGGUCAAACUCGGUAUCACUAUUUAGUUUUACUUUUCAAUCAAGAAGAAGAAACAUCAAUUGAACUACCUUUCUCAGAAAAAGAACUGAAAGAAAAAUAUGAGGACAAAUUAACAAAGGAACUUUCAGGUCCAACUUAUGAAGUUUUGGGAAAGGUCAUGAAAGUCAUUAUUAAUAGAAAACUCACUGGUCCAGGAAGUUUCCAAGGGCAUUCAGGAACACCUGCAAUUGGAUGUUCAUUCAAAGCCGCUGCUGGUUACCUUUACCCUCUAGAGAGAGGUUUUAUUUACGUGCACAAGCCUCCUAUUCAUAUUCGGUUUGAAGAAAUUAGCUCAGUUAAUUUUGCGAGAGGUGGAGGAUCAACGAGGUCGUUUGAUUUUGAAAUUGAAUUAACAACUGGCGUUGUACACACGUUUAGUAGUAUUGAGAAAGAAGAAUAUGGAAAACUUUAUGAUUUCAUCAAUUCUAAGAAACUGAGAGUUAAAAAUAGUAGCAAAGGUGACAAACCAGGCUACAAUGAUGACUUUGGAAAUAGUGAUCAAGAAGAUGAGCCAGAUGCCUAUUUGGCUAGAGUUAAGGCUGAAGCAAAGGAAAGAGAUGAUGAUGACGACGAUGAUGAAGAUGAAUCUACGGAUGAAGACUUCAAACCUACAGCAGAAGAGAGUGAUGUAGCUGAAGAGUACGACAGCAAUCCUAAUGACACCUCAGACAGUGAUGCUGACUCGAAUGCAUCAGGUGGAAGUGGAAAGAUGGAGAAAAAAGAAAAGAAGGAGAAAAAGGAGAAAAAGUCCAAGUCUGCCAAGACAGUGUCCGAAAAGCCCAGAAAACCGCGAAAGAGCAAGAAAGAAAAGGAUGAAAACAAACCAAAAAGGCCAGCCAGUGCCUACAUGUUGUAUUUGAAUAGUGUAAGAGAGGAAAUUAAAGCAAAAUACCCUGGACUUAAAGUUACAGAAGUUGUGCAGAAGGGUGGUGAAAUGUGGAAGGAAUUAAAAGACAAGUCAAAAUGGGAAGAAAAAGCAGCAGAGGCUAAAGAAGAAUACCUCAAAGCUAUGGAAGAAUACAAAGCUAGUGGAGGAGGUUCUUCUAAGGAGCCCAAAGAGAAGUCCAAGCCGGAAAAGAAGAGUAGUUCAAAGAAAGAAGUUAAAAAAGAAGUUAAAAAAGAAUCCCCUAGCAAAUUAAUGGCUGGUGGAUCUUUCAAGAGUAAGGAAUACAUCAGUGAUGAUGAUAGUAGUAGCGAUGACGGCGAUUCGAAGAAGAACGAUAAACGAAAGCAUUCUUCAAGUGAAGAAGAAAGUGAGAAGAGCGACAAAGAAGAAAAGAAAUCCAGCAAGAAACCUGCGAAGAAAACGAAAAAGGAAUCGGAAUCAGAAGCCAGCUACGCGGCAUCUGAUGAAGAAUUUAGCGGUGCUGAUAGCGACUGAAAUUUUGGUCACAUGCUGGAUAUAUGACCGAAUAAUAAGUUGCUAUGUUUCGGCAGUGUACAAAGUUAAAACAUACAUUUGUUUAAGAUGCCUUCCCAAGACUAUAGAAUGGAUACGUUUUCAAAAUUUGUAACUGCAUCACUUAUUUUACCUAUUUGUAACGAAAUAUUGCUAUUGUUAAUUUAAUUGUUCAUGUCGUGUUUCAUGAUAAUAGUUUUAUUUUAUAACAUUAAUAAAUCCAUUAUUGAUUAAAACAA